AUAAAACCCACCUACUCUAUUCUUUCAUACAUUUCAAGUAACAAAGCAAAGCAGAGCCAACAACAACUACUACAACAGCUAAAACACAUAAGCGAGGAGAGGAAAAGCAAAUGAAGGGAGAAUUAGAGUUGCCACCAGGGUUCAGGUUUCACCCCACGGAUGAUGAAUUGGUGAACCACUAUCUGUGUAGGAAAUGCGCUGGUCAACCAAUUGCUGUUCCUAUCAUCAGAGAGGUCGAUUUGUACAAGUUUGAUCCAUGGCAGCUUCCAGAAAUCGGAUUUUACGGCGAGAAAGAAUGGUACUUUUUUUCUCCUCGGGACCGCAAAUACCCCAACGGCUCACGACCGAAUCGCGCCGCUGGAAGUGGGUAUUGGAAGGCCACCGGCGCCGAUAAACCGAUCGGAAAACCGAAGGCGCUUGGGAUAAAGAAAGCUCUGGUUUUUUACUCGGGAAAAGCCCCCAAAGGAGAGAAAACCAAUUGGAUCAUGCACGAAUAUCGGCUGGCAAAUGUUGACCGAUCAGCCUCCAAGAAAAACAACAACCUGAGGCUUGACGAUUGGGUGUUGUGUCGAAUUUACAACAAGAAAGGGAAGAUUGAGAAAUACAACACGGGGGCACCGAAAUCGGAGACUGGGGUGGUUUAUAAUUUUGAACACGAAACGAAGCCUGUGAUUGAGAAGCUUAGGAAUGAGCAAUUGUCUACGGAGAGUUCAGAUUCGAUGCAGAGGUUGCAGACUGAGUCGAGCGGUUCAGGGCAGGUGGUUUCGCCGGACGUGAGGUGGGAGAGAGAGGUGCAGAGCCACCAGAAAUGGAAUGACAUAGGGCUACAGCUAGAAAACGCGUUUGAUUUUGAAUACAAUUACUUUGACAACAAUAAUAACCUUUCGGUGGAUGACCCUUUUGGGAGUGUAGAGUACCAAAUGCAGGACGUGCUCAUGGAAGCCCUGUUGAUGUGAAAACGAAACCUUUUGGACAAGGGGGCUUCAUUAUGUGCAUUACAUGGGACCCCCCUACCCCAAAAUAAUUUUGUAAAG